CUGCGACAUCCUGCCUGUCUCGUUAUCAAAGACCGGCACACAGCCUCAAUCAGCUGGUCGGUCGUAAACAUGUGUGUUCAUCUGUUGUUUUGCUGGAAACAUUUCAACGUGGGUCAUUGGUGAAACAACAUUUGCCGAUGCGGGCAAUAAUCAACACCGUUCGGGUCCUUGUGGCGAGUGAUUCGAGAUGGGUGAACCAAUUCACAGUCAAUUGAUGAUGGUCUCAAUUAAAAGCCUUUAAUUACAACCCUACAGUCGUCAUCAGUUCAUUUAUUUCCUCUUGCGAUACCCUUCAAGGCCGCCCCGGACAAUUAAACGUAUAAGACGUACGUGAUCCCAGUGAUCCAGCAUCACUCGUGCAUUUGGUGAUGUACUUCAUCCAUGCUUCAUCUUCGUGCCAUCGAAGGACACAAAGCAAUUCUAUAUUUAUAUAUCAGCGGGAUUUCUGUUCACAAUAAACUGGAAGCGACCAUACAAAAGGAGUAGCCAACGUCAACAUCAACGGUGAUAUUCCUUUCAAUGCGAUCUUUAGUUCAGGCAGUGCCGCCGUCCUUUUGCGUAUUGUGCUAAUAAAAAUCAAUUCCAUCCGGCAACAAUGGCCAACACAGAGGAAAAUUGCUACCAGAAUGAAGGUUACACAGAUAGUGAGCCGUGCUGUUCGUCAUCGACUCCCUCGACUCCAGCAGAUCCCAGUCGGCUGGUAACCGUCAUAAUCGAUGAGUCGGAAUCGACUCCCAGAGCCCCGUCCUCGCCCACCUUCAGCUGCAAGACACAACUGUCAAUUUUGUCUCUAGACACGCCCACUUGUAGAAUUUGCCAGGAUAGUAAAGCACCGUACAAAUUGGUGUCGCCCUGCGGCUGUUCGGGAUCUUCCAAGUUCGUCCAUCGGCGAUGUCUGUCGAAGUGGAUCCUGAUGAAAGGAGCGGAGGAUUGUGAGAUUUGUCGGAAGCCUUACGACAAGAAGAUUAUGCAAGGCUCGUACUUUAGCCCGUCUGAAGAGAACACCAUUGCCUCCUCCAUCGUCGUCUUACUCCUCCUACUGGGCGUGACCUCGGUAGGCAUCUACCUCCUGGUUGACCACUUUGCAUAUUACCAUAGCAACCUUCGAGUCAGUAUAUGGGUUCCUAUAAGCCUCCUCUGUGUUGGUUUGCUAGGACUCUCCAUCUUCUUGCCCUGGGUUUUGAUGUUCUGCUUCCGGGUCUCAAGACGUCGCAGCUCUACCCGAUUUCAAGCGCCCAUUGAGCUGCAUAUAUGAAGAUUCUAUUGACUCCGUAACCCGUGCUCAGAUUUCAUCUAUACAGUCAUACAUGAGUGCGCAUGUGCAUAGAUGACCUGGGAAACCUCAGCCCAUUGAUGAGACGAAGGAGUAAUCUCAUCACAUCACAUGCAUUGCAGGAUUGGUUCAAUUGAAUUAUGGUUAAAGAUUGCCUAGAGCUUUAAUCUCGUCAAAGAUUGUCCUAUUAACGAAGGAAAUAAGUAAUCAUUUUAAUCCUUGCGUGUAUAGGCCUAUGUUAAAGACUUUGAUAAAGCAUGGGGUUUGGGUACGCAUGCAUUAAAGUGGCAGGUGCGGAUCCAGAAGGGGGUUGGAGAUCGGACCCCCCCCCCCCCCCGACACAAAAAAAACUAAUUAUAUUUGUAAGUGCAUCAGUAUACUAUGUGCUAGAUUACCUAUUUCCGCCUGUCUGCAACGAUCGGACAUAAAAAAAAAAACUGGCCGGCCUGAACCCUCCCCCUUACAAAAAUUCCUGGAUCCGCCCCUGAGUGGAUUACAUUUAUCCCGUUUUAUACUUUAUUUUUGGUCAUAGUGAACUAGACUUUGGGGUACAUGUAAAAAGAUGCUAUGUUUGCGGCUGGUACCGCGUAAUGCAAUUCAUGUGUACGGCAUAGCCUUGCCUGUAGUUACUAGACGAAGGUAACUGCGGCGGGAUAGAUUGGUUAUUCUCUCAGAUCAUGGUUGAAAUUGGUGAUCAAGACAAAAUAGUUUUAAGAAUGACUAGUUAAAUAAUCAAUUUAAGGGGAAAAAAACGAAUCUGUGGUAUCCACGAUAGAAGAAAUUGAGGCCAAAAACCUCAAAUCGUUGAAAAUCGAAUGAAAAUCAUGAGAUAUCGAGAUGUCUGUCCGUGCUAAGCAUCGUGUUGCGAAAAUCAAAAGAUAUUUAAUAAAUUAUUAACCGGAGCAAAAGACACGAUAUAAUGUUCUGAUCACCAAUAAUGCCUCUAUAUACUUGAAAGAGAUGCUUAAAAUAAUUGUCUUUAGACACUGACUUGCCGUUUAAUGAACAACUCUCAUUGUUUUAUUGUAAUUAAACUGAACUCUUUGACGAUCUAGAGGCUGUAACUGAGCAAUCUUUUUUUUAAUGCAAAACUCAUAAAGAUGCAUGAUUUUACGUUUUAUUUCAAUCUUUUGUAAGCUGAUCGUUAUUAUACCGUCUAAUUUAAAAUAUAGUUUAAAUGUAACUUUACAAGUAAAUGUACUUCCAUUCGUGUAAAAAUCUAAAUCUGAAAUUUGAUGUAAAAUGUCGUGCAAUUGUGUUGUUCACGUAAGCUAUACACUCUUUCUAUGCAUACAAUAUUACUCUGUUGUCUGUUCAAACUUGUGCAAGUAAUUCAUAUACAUGUACAAUUUUUUGUGUAGUGUUAUGUAAUCUUAUUUAUUUGAUAUAUCGAUAUUAUCCGAUGACAGGUGUCAUAAUAAACAUUUCAAUAACAUAUAUACUGGAA